AUGACAUGCACGGGGUCACUUACUUUGUACAUAAGUUGUAUUUUGUUGCAUCUCAGUGCUGUAUAUAAAAGGGGGGAGCUCAGACCAGCCACGCAAGUAGUCAAAGAAGCAGCCAGGCAACCAAGGGUAGACAGAGAUAGAUCUCAACCUUAUAGCACGUUGCAUAUCACCAUGACCUCCCUGACAAUGUUGACGCUGGCCAUGACGGGGCUGCUGCUGGGGAUGACGCCAAGCCAUGUAGAAGGUCACGGGUACAUGCUGAUCCCUCCAGGUAGAUCCUCAGCCUGGAGAUUCAACGGCACCGACUACUUCCACGUCAACUAUGACGACAAUGCAAACUACUGCGGUGGAUUUGGGGUCCAGUUUCACCAGAAUGACGGCAAGUGUGGUGUAUGUGGAGACAACUACGCCCAAGAUGUACCCCGUGAUAAUGAAAGAGGGGGUUAUUAUUCUACUGGGAACAUCGUCGCUCAGUACGCUAGUGGCGAAGUCAUCGACGUAGCUGUUGUGCUGACCGCAAACCACUUUGGUUCAUUCUUCUUUGACAUAUGCCCAACCAAUAAUGCGAAGAAACACGAAACAGAAGAAUGCUUCCAACCCUUGAUGAACGCGGAUAAUGGCAAGGACCACUUCGAGCUGCCCAACUGGGACGCUGAUACCUUCCGGGUUCGACUCCAGAUACCGGAGAGGAUGACCUGUUUCAACUGUGUGCUUCGAUGGAAAUAUGUGACAGGAAACAGCUGGGGAUGUGAGGAAGACGUACAUGGGAAAGAAAGGUGUUGUACCGGAUGUGGGUCAAUCCAGGAGCACUUCUUCUCUUGCGCUGACGUCAUGAUCACAAGAAGCGGAGCAGAGCGGAUUCCACCAUGGAAGAAAAUCGACAAGAGUUCGGCAACGACGACGAAACGUACCACUACCACUACAACUACCACUACUACCCGACCACCACCUAAAACUACCACCCGCCGACCACGCAGAACUACCACCCGCCGACCACGCAGAACCACGACAACGGUUGCAACAACAACAACUACAGAAAACCGUUUCUGCAGCGAAAUCUGCGAUGAUCUUUGCAAACCCAACCUCCAGAUGUUUUGCUUUGAUCACUUGUGCGGCGAAUGCCAAUCUUACAGGGUCCUGAAAAGAUUUUACAAUAAAGGAUAACUUGCGAUCU